AUGGCAACAGAGAACAACUACAUGCAGCCUUCAAUACCACGCUUUGAUGGUCACUAUGACCAUUGGAGUAUGCUAAUGGAGAACUUCUUGAGGUCGAAGGAGUAUUGGAGCCUCAUUGAGACAGGCUUUACUGAGCCUGCCACUGGAGAGGGGAUGACGGCUGUACAGAGAAGGACAUUGGAUGAGUUGAAGCUGAAAGAUCUCAAGGUAAAGAAUUACCUCUUUCAGGCAAUUGACCGCGCAAUUUUGGAGACCAUUCUCCAAAAGGACACAGCGAAGCAGAUAUGGGACUCGCUGAAAAAGAAGUAUGAAGGCAAUGCAAGAGUGAAACGCUCUCAGCUCCAAGCACUACGUCGAGAGUUUGAGACCCUUGAGAUGAAGAUUGGUGAGUCUGUUUCAGAUUAUUUCUCAAGAGUUAUGUCAGUGGCAAAUAGGAUGCGAACCCAUGGCGAACAGAUGCAAGAUGUUACUGUGGUGGAGAAGAUACUUCGCUCCUUGACUGACAUGUUCAACUACAUAGUCUGCUCCAUUGAAGAAUCCAAAGACAUUGAUCAGUUAUCAGUGGAUGAGCUGCAGAGUUCGUUGCUCGUACAUGAGCAAAAACUCAAUCGAAAUAAUGGAGAGGAGCAAGCAGCCUUGAAAGUAGCAACAAAUGGUGGUUUUUCAACAAGAGGAAGAGGUCGUGGGACUUGGAGAGGUAGAGGCAGAGGCUUUCGAGAUGGCAGUGGCAGUAGGACCCGACAUGAUCUUCAAUCCUACGAUAGGACCAAACAUGAUCUUCACUCCUACAAUCAUCAGUCCUCGAAUUCCCAAAGUAGAGGCAGGGGCAUUUUGAUAAGUCCAAAGUUGAAUGCUUCAGAUGUCAUGGGCUCGGUCACUUUCGUUCGGAGUGUCAUGUGA